UGCUGACUCUGCCUGCACAGUAGCGGAAGCUGGUGAAUCUCAGUGGGGAACCCCGAUUUGCUUGUGGAGGGUCGGCGCGGAGCUGUGGUCAAACGAUAACUGACAGCACGGCUCAUCUUGGUGACUAGUCUUCGUGUUGUUGGGGAGAGUUCUUCAUUUUUGGCUGAUAUUCUGUAUUUGGUUCGGAGGCAGCUCUGUUGCGCUAGGGGUAGAACGCAGGGCAGUCCGGGCAGGUCAAGUUCUUACCGCCUUGCUCUGUCGCGUAGCCGCUAUCUGUACUGUACACAGCCUGCGGACCUAACGGGUAAACGCUGUUCUCCUCUUAGCAAUGGCGUGUCCCAGUUCGUCUUCCCCUCCGCAGACUACCGACUUCAAGGCCCUAUCGGCGUCCUUCCUCCGGGACUUUCUUAUGGGCGGACUCGCUGGAGGAAUUUCCAAGACGUUUGUUGCCCCAGUGGAGCGGGUGAAGCUGCUGCUCCAGCUGCAAGACGCUAGCACGCAGAUCGGCCAUCAAGAGGGUCAGAUAAAAAAGUAUGAGGGAUUGAAAGAUUGCUUUGUCAGGGUGCACCGCGAGCAGGGGUUAUAUUCUUUCUGGAGAGGCAAUUGGGCGAACGUUGUCCGUUACUUCCCCACCCAAGCACUCAAUUUCGCGUGCAAGGAGAAGUACCAGAAGCUCUUUGUCCGGCAUGAUCCGAAGCAGGAUUUCUGGAAAUUCUUUGCAGAGACGCUCGCUUCGGGCGGUGCUGCAGGCGCCACUUCACUUUCUUUCGUGUACCCCCUGGACUUUGCAAGAACUCGUCUAGGAGCCGACGUGGGUAAAGUGCAGGCGGAGCGACAAUUCACUGGGCUGAACGACUGCAUUCGCAAGAUUUACCAAGAGUUUGGCAUUCCGGGUCUGUAUCGCGGUUUCCUCGUCUCAGUCGCCGGUAUCAUCGUGUACCGCGCUGCCUUCUUUGGUCUUUACGACACGGCUAAGGCCAUGUUGCCUUCGGAUAAGAAGGUGAAUCAUCCCGUGAUGCGGAACUUCGCCAUAGGCCUAGGGGUGGAAACUGCUGCGGGUGUUAUUGCGUACCCUCUCGACACAGUCAGGCGCCGGAUGAUGAUGCAAGCACUCCGGAGUGAUACCCUCUAUCGGAAUACGUGGGACUGUGCGGGCCGAAUAGCGAGAGAGGAAGGGGUUGCGGCAUACUACAAGGGUUGUGCGAGCAACAUUGUACGAGGUGUAGGUGGCGCGAUUGUCCUGGUCCUGUAUGAUGAAAUGAAACGAUUCGUUGCGUCGUAAUCCUGCUAAGGUAUGCAUCUGAGCAGUCUGUCUGCUCAUUGCUUUUAGUCGUUACGUUGAAUUAUUAGUCUUUUGUGACUAGUUUCUUGGCCUCUCCUUGUGUUUUUAUUAUGCUCCCGCGAAACCAAAUUCAUCCCUUCAUCAACAGGUGUGGCAUAAUUGUGAGACAACACGAUUCGAUCCCUUUGCUCUCCCCUGAAGUUACUUCAUUCUUUCUGAACCCGAACCCACCAUGUUCUUCGGUAAAUGUAUUCAUUUUCCAAACCUCGAGGCACUAGCCAGUCACGGUGAUCUCUGUUUCUCUGUCUCAGUUCAAAUCUUUCCGGCUUCAUGAAGUGACAAGAAACUCGACAAAUCUCUAAACUAGAAUGUAACAGUAGGAAAUGCACAAA